AUGACGGACUUGGCUGCAGCUUCCUCCUCCUCCUCUGCCUCUGCGCGAGGUGUGGUGGACGUUGGGGACGUGGCGUUACAGGAGCAGGUGCAGGCGACGUUUGUGGACACCCUCCAGGCCAGCAUCGAUCAAGACACAAACCUGGCACCGGUUGUGAUCCAGUUUGAGGUGGGCGAUAGGGUGUGGCACAUUGACACGCGCAGCGAAAGUACACCACUGGUUUCCGCCACGCGUCAUGCCGAGCCAGACGCCACGCUGCGAUGCAACUUUGACACUCUCAAGGCCAUCAGCCAAGGAAAGCUCAAGGUCCCUGUUGCCAUCCUUCGCAACCGCAUUCAACUCGAAGGCAGUCGCCAGGUGGUGAUGGGUUACGGUCGCCACGUGCGGCAGGCGUUCCAAGCAUGCAAGCCCAUCGUUACUGGCCAAGUGCCGCUCGCUGCACAGCCACAGCAGCAACAACAACAGCAGCAACAGCAGCCACAGCAGCAGAGAGUGCGUGCAGGCAGCACGGCGUCACAGGCGCGCGCCAUGCUGGGAAUGGAUCGCGGGUUUCGCAUGGAGCAGUAUCUCGCCAAGACUUGGGUGCCCGACGAUGAGCGGUCGACGUGCCUGGAGUGCAAGCAGUCGUUUUCGUUCUUCCGCCGCCGCCACCACUGCCGCGUGUGCGGUGAAGUUUUCUGUGGAGAUUGCUCAAACUUUUACAUCAUGGACUACCGCGUGUGCGGGCCGUGCCAGCAGAAGGUGCUGGAGGCGCAGCGCACCUACCACUCGCUCAUCACAGACACGCCGUCCCACACGCCGCCACGCUCGCGCUCAACAACAACAACAACAGCACGGCAGCGGGGUUCCCGCCAGACCACCGCCAGCAACGUCACCCCACCACGAGCAGCAGCGCCAGGGCAGCACGCGUCAUCUGCUCCCCCGUCCUCAUCGUCGCUUUCAGCCUCACUCUCUGCACGCCUGCAAGAGGCCCAAUCACAGCAGCAACAACAACAACAACAACAACAACAACAACAGCAACAACAGCAGCAGCAGCAACAACAGCAACAAGGGCAGCGGCGACGGGGAAGGGCACAGGGGCGAGCUGCUGGCACAGCUGAAGCGCGUGCACCAGCAGCAGCCACCAUGACAGAAGAACAGCCACAGGCCACCUCGUCAUCAUCAUCGUCGUCGUCGUCACAGCAAGAGGGGCAAGAGAGAAGUGGGCUUGGCCUGCUGGAAGGGAAGCUGUCUGCUCGCAUUCGCAGCAUGGAGGAGCGACCUGUCGAUGCAAAGACGGCAGUGGAAACAGCGGCCGCAGUGGCCCGUGCACACCUGAAUGAAGGCAUUCAUCGUGAUGGUACCGGCAGUGCUGAUACACCGUCUGCGUCCUCGUCGCUUCGCUCCUCACCAACGCCGUCAUCAUCGUCGUCGUCGUCAUGGCUCUCGUGUUCCCUAGUCUCGUUCUUCGUCCUCUCGGUUGGGGUGGUCGCUGGUGUUUUGUCUACCUACGCCAUCGACAUGCCAGCACUUCCGUCCUCCCUGCCAUCCCUGCCAUCCCUUCCAACGCAGCAAGAAGCGCUGGACAUGGCGUCCGAGACCGGACACGCUGUCCUCAAUGCCGCGACCGCUUCUCGCGCAUGGCAGUUCAUGAUGCAAUAUCCCUUGUACAUUGCCGGCACCGCAUGCGGGCUGGUGCUCCUGGGCGUGCUGAACAGACGCCGCCUUGCUCUCCUUCGUCGCCAGGCCGUGGUCUACUAUACAUCCACCGUUGUCAUCUCCCGCAUCCUGCUGCUGAAAUACUGGUCAAAGUACUUUCCAGUCUCCGAGGAAGUGGAGGAGGAGCAGUGGAACCGUCUCCACGAAGCAAACGCACGCCGCGUCCAGCUGCUGGCGCGGCGGCUGCGCGGGUUUUGGGUGAAGGUGGGGCAGUACCUGUCCUCACGCGGCGAUGUGAUGCCGGAGCCCUGGGUCCGCGAGCUUCGCUCCCUCCAGGACACGAUGCCGUUCCAGCCGUUUGCGGACGUGAAAGCGAUUGUGGAGGAGGAUCUUGGCCACCCGCUCACAGAGCUCUUCUCCUCGUUUGAAGAACUCCCAAUUGCAUCAGCAAGUAUCGCGCAGGUGCACAUUGCCACACUCAAGCGCAGCAAGCACCAGGUGGUGGUGAAAGUGCAGCACAAAAACAUUGACCGCAUCAUGAAGCAGGACCUCAAGAAUCUCUUUGUCAUCGUCUCAUGGGUGGCGUAUCUUGAGCCGCAGUAUGAUUUUCGGCCUGUGCUGGAGGAGUGGGCCAAGGUCGCCAUCAAGGAGCUCGACUUCAAACACGAGGCCGCAAACAUGCAGCGUGUGCGCAACAAUCUCCUCAAAACGCAUUUAGAUGUCAUUGUGCCCAAACUGGAGGAGGGCCUCUUCUCCAACCGCGUGAUUGUGAUGGAGUACUGCGAGGGCUUCAAGGUGACGGACACGGAUCUUCUUGACGCGCACGACAUUGACCGCGAAUCGCUCAUGCGUCGCAUCUGCCAAGCAUAUGCGCACCAAGUGUAUGUUGACGGCUUCUUCAACUGCGAUCCGCAUCCAGGCAACAUCCUGGUCCAGGUGCGCGACGGCAAGGCGUACCCGGUGCUGCUUGACUACGGCAUGUGCCGGCAGCUGCCCGAGGAGAAGAAGCGGGCCUUUGCCGCCAUGAUCUACGCAGCGACCACCAUGGACUUUGGCACGCUGCUGUGGAGUUUUGACGAGAUGGGCCUGAAACUGAAGCGGGACGACCCGUUUGAGGACAUGAAGAACAUUCGCUUUGUGCUGCGUGACACAGCGCCUGGCGCAGAGAUGCGCAGAGACUUCAAGAAGUUUCGCGAGGACGUGUGGCAGAAGCGCCAGCAGCUGCCGCGCAGCCAGCGAAACCCGGUCGAGGCGUGGCCGCCGGAGCUGCUGUUCUUCUUCCGCGUGACCCUGCUUCUGCGUGGCCUGUGCGCUGUGCUUGGCGUGCGCAUGCGCUACUCGCUCGUGCUGGCCCCAUACGCCCACCUCGCCCUCAUCCGAUCCUACAACCGCUCCCUGCACGCCACGCACGCCGUCACCGCUGCGCCCAUCCACACCGACACCAGUCAAGACACAACCGCCACGAACACCACCACCGCAGGCGGUGUGCCACCAUCAUCGCCACCGCCGUCGGCGCCACUGUCGCGCGUGCGGCUGGUGCGCAUGGCUGCCAGUCCGCAGCGAGCGGUGAUGGAGGUGCUGCAGGAGCUGUACAGCGAGGGCCUCAUCACAGGCAUCCAGGUUGCCGCCUACCACCAAGGACAGUGCGUCGUGAACGCAUGUGCGGGGACAAUGGGAGCGGCGGACCCGCGGGCCGUCACGCCGAGCACGCUCUUCAACUGCUUCUCCGUGAUGAAGGGCGUGACGGCGACGGCGCUGCACGUGCUCGCCGACCAGCGGCUUCUGCAGUACAGCGAUCGCGUUGGUGCACACUGGCCCGAGUACGCGUGCAACGGCAAGGAGGAGACGACCAUCUACAACGUGCUUACCCACUCUGCUGGGCUGCACCGCUUCCCCGGCCUCAAGCUGAACCUGAAGCAGGUGUGCGACUGGCACACGAUGCAGAAGCACAUACAGGAGGCGGCAGCAGAGACACCACCAGGCACGCUCGCCCGCUACCACAUCCUGUCGUUUGGGUGGAUUGUUGCCGGCAUCAUUGAGCGGGUGACGCGCGGGCAGCCGUUCAGCGAAUUCCUUCGUCAGCGCAUCGCUGCUCCGCUCGGCAUUGAGGACGAGUUUAUGAUUGGCGUCGACAUGGAUGAUGAGCGCAUCUGCGACCGACUCGCCACACUCUGCAACGGGUUCUUUGCGACGGAGGAUGGCGAGCCACCGAGCGAGGAGGACGUGAAGCGGCUGCUGGCACAGCUGCGGCGCGCCGACCUGCCACAGCAGCGCCACGAGACGCCAGGGGCGGGCGAUGUCGUGCUGGUGAACGGAACAACAAGGAGCGGGCGGCGUGUGCCCACCGUUGCGCACGUGAGUGGUGAAGACGCAGAAGACGCACAAGAGGUAGAGGAGGAGGGUGCUGGUGAUGCUGAAGGCGCGGCAGGAGGGGAGAAGCAUGAGGACGAAGCAGAAGAACAGCGCGACGGCGAUGAGGAUGAGGAUGAGGAUGAGGAUGAGGAGGAAGAGGAUGAGGAGGAGGAUGAGGAGGAAGAGGACACGAGUGCUGUUGCAGCAUCGGUACCACGCCACCCAGAUGCGUGGCCGCCUGUUCUCAACCAGCAGCCGCACCGCUACGACGCGCUUGUGGAGAAGACGCGUACGGAGGUGAUGAAGGAAAUGGACAGCACAACAGACGGAUGGGGCCUUGUCAAGACGUCAUCAGACGUUGAGAUCUGGAAGAAAAAGAUCCAGGACAGCCCGUUGGUGAUGGUUCGGGGCGUGGGCGUGAUUGAGCGCCACCCAGCCGUUCUCUUCAAGAUUCUGACGCAGGUGGACCAGAAGCCGCUGUGGAACAAGGACUUUGCCUGCCUGGACGAGGUUGAAGUGUUUGAUGACUGCACAAAGGUGAUCCGUGAUGAGUACAAGCCCAUCUGGCCGGUCUCUGGGCGCGACAUGUGCUUCGUGCAGUCCCUUCGUCUCCUGGACAACGGCGGCUUCUUCAUGGUCAGCAAGAGCGUCGAGCACCCAGACUGCCCGCCCAAAUCGGGUGUUGUGCGAGCGGAGGGUUUGGGUGGCAUGCGCGUUGUGCCCUUCCCCAACGAUCCCAACAAGUGCACCGUCACAUACCUCACUGCUGUCGACCCAAAGGGCAAUGUUCCGACGAUGGUGGUCAACGUCGUUGCGACCAACCAGCCGCUGUGUGUGGCGGCGAUUCGCAAGCUUGCCAUGUCGCGCCCACAGUACACGCCGCCGCCAGAGCCAACCCCGCCACCAACUCCACAGCAGAAGAAGAGAGCACCACGCAAGCAGGGAAGCAAGCAGGCACUGAAGAAGACGAAAGCCAGGAAGCAGCAGACGACGGGGAAGCAGCAGCAGCAGCAGCAGCAGCAGAAGCAGAAGGCGCAGAAGAGAGGUGCCGUGAAAGAAGCUAGUAACCACGCAGCAGCAGCAGCAGCACGCACACGAUCAGGGAAUGAGCAAGCAUCAGCUGUGCCUGCUGCCACUACACAUCAACAGCAACAAGCAGAACAACCAGAAGACGAGGAAUUGGACGCCAGCAAGAUGAUUCUGCUGGACCCGUGCAUGUACAACACACGACAGUUGCGGCAAGCGGUGAUCCCCUCAGCCAACGGCCACUUCUCUGCGCGUGCGCUUGCCAAGUUCUACGCCGUGCUCGCCAACAACGGCCGACUUGGGUCGUUUCAACUGCUGCAGCCAGAGACUGUUGCCACCAUGUCAAAGACGCAGCCCAUUGAGACGCCGUUCAUGCAAGGCAUGCGCGUGCGCUGGGGUCUUGGCUACCAAAAGUACAGGAUGAAGCGGGACGGGCGUGUGUUGGACACGCCGUUUGGCCACGUCGGGCUUGGCGGCAGUGCAGCGUUUUGCGAUCCACACACCAACACGUCCUUUGCCAUUACCGUGAAUCGUUUGCAGCUGGAUAAGGAGGUUGCCGAGCGUGUCCUUGACGCCAUCACGGAUGCGUUGCAGAUUGGCCAAUCCGCGCUUUCUGACCACGCUGCCACACAACCACACACAACAACUCGACGACGACCGCAUGCACUGGCCGCUGCAUCCCCCUCCACAACAAGCAGCACAUUCGCUCACUCAACCGGUCUCUCGACGAGCCGGAGACAGCAACGGCUGCAACAGCUACAACAGCUGCAGUAUCUGCAGCAACAUCCUGAGCGGCAAAAGCGCCAUUUCCCAAGGCGCAGACACAAGCCACAAGCAAAACCUGUGACGGCCAAGGCAUUCAUGGCACCCGCAGCGCCGGUCAAGUCCACAGAUGCGAUCAACGAUGACGCUGUGAAUGGUGGCGCUGAUGACGACGUCGUUGUUGUGGAGGACACGGAUCAAAGCGGUGACGAGGAGAACCACGAGAACCACCACCCACGAGAACAAACCAAGGUGCCAGCAGCCAAGAAGGGCACAGUCUCGACGACCACAAAGCCCACCUUGACACCAGACGCAAGCACUGCGCCAGAGACAGAGGCAGCCAAGCCCAAGAAGCGCCGGGUUGCACCGCGCAAGCUAGCAGAGCGCAAGCCGGCACACUCACCGUCAGCAGCAGCAGCAGCAGCAGCAACAGCAGCAGCAGCAGCAGCUGGCGCAUCGCAGAAGACAUCCUCAACCACGCACAAGACCAACAACAACAACAGCAAAGAGGUUGACGCAACACGGCGCAAGCAGUCACACCGUCUCGCAGAGAGCACCCCAGAUUCAAACAGCACCGACAGUUCCAUUGUGCCCGACUCCACCGGUGAGGCAGCUGUCACUGAUCAUGACCAAGCUUGCCCCGCCAAUGCCGAGUUUGCCAGUGGUGAUGACGAUGCUGAUGACGAUGACGAAGAUGACGAAGAUGACGAAGACGACGAAGAUGACGAAGAUGACGAUAACGACGUUGGCUUUGAUGACGACGAUUCAGAUGCGUUUGAUGCAGGCUUUGAUCCCACGCUAGGCGGCAGCACAGAUGGCGAGACGGAUGACCGCCUUCUUGACGACUACUACGAUGACGAUGAUGACGACGAAGAUGAAGACGAAGACUACGACGCAGAAGACGAUGAGGAUGAGGAAGAGGAGCAGGAGACAGGCGAUGGACAAGCGGAGGAAGCUGGAAGUGCAGAGGCAGGAACUACACACGUGGGCACCAGCAAAGGCGAGCGGGUGAGCACUGCGAGCGCAAGCGGGCGACCUGCGGCUUCGUCCGAGUCCAAGUGGGCGCGCGUGAUGCGGCGCAUAGAAGUGUUGGAAGCUCAGGCAGACGCGCUGAACAACACGUUGGCAGAGGCAAGGGGGCAGGCACAGGCAUAUGAUGACGACGACACGAGCGAAGAGGCAGAGCGUGCGUAUGCACGCGUGGUUGAGCUUGAGGAGAAGCUGGACGAGCUGGAGGAGCAAUGUGGCCGUCUGUACGACCGCAUGCCAUAUGGGCUGUUGCGCAAGUUCACGCAGGCAUCGCUCCCCUCGGUCCUUGAGAAGGAAGCCUCGGCCAUGGAAGCCGCCACCGCCGCCCUGAACAAGCUGCGACCGGUGAAGCGCAGCAAAGACGGCGGGUUGCGGCUUUUCGCUGCCAAAGGGUACGCUGUGCACCGGCACUCGAAGAAGCUGUGCCAGCUGGACACCCCAGCAGCGGCAUUGCAGGCUGGUGUUGGCGUGGAGGGGGCGGAUGUGGUUGAGGACCUUGCCGGGUCUGAAUCAAGCGAUAUCGAUGAGACAGCGGCAAAGGCGAUUGUAAAGAACGAAGGCGGUGAUGAUGAUGAUGACGACGACGACAACGACGACAACGACGAUGAUGGCGAUGAUGAUGAUGAAAAUGAUGGUGAUGGCGAUGUUGAAGGUGAUGAGUUUGGCGCACCGAGUUCCCGUGCACGCAGAAAGCAAAUGCAGCGACUGAAGGCGGAGCUGAAGCGAAUAGCGGCAGAGGAAGACAAAUGGCUGAAGCAGAGUGCUGUGAAGGUGAAGAAGCGAACAGACAUGCGGGAUGCAGGCAAGGUGCUGUCAGCCCGGCGACGAGACAGGAAGCAGCGUAGGAAGAGAACACAGCCCACCAAGCCGCGCAAGCCUCGCAAGCCUCGCGCACCACGUGCAAAGACCAACUCGGCACAGAAGACCAAGACAGCACCCAAGGCAAAGACAGUAACCACAGCCAAGACGAAGUCAUCGACAAGCAAGUCAGCAGCAGCACCACCACCAACAACAGCAGCAAGCGCGGCAGUGGACGACGCAGUGAGUGUGGAGCCCGCGUCAGUCAGCACGACUGAGGCCAUACAGCCUGCACAGACACCGCCAGCCACAGCAGCACCCGUUGCAGACGACCAAGACGCAGAACCACCGGGAACACAGCUGCUGUUUGGCGCCACGCAGGGCGACGACAACACCAAUGACGACGAUGACGACGAACAUGAUGAUGGUGAUGGUGGUGGCGAUGGUGGUGAUGAUGCAUCACGGACCAACACAAGCGAGGGCAGCACGUCUGUGACUCGGACAACGCCUGUGCUGCCAUUCUGUGCAGCGCCAGCGUCUCCACACCUGCUCACAGGCUUGAUGAUGGACUCACCACCAUCACCACCACAACUCGCUGCGGGUGUUGAUGAAGUGAACGGUGGCGAUGGUGAUGGUGAUGGUGGCGAUGGUGGUGGUGGUGGUGGUGAGGAUGGGCACGCAGCGAAGCGCGCCAAGGUUGCGGUAGGCGACAGCACAGAACAGCGAGGCAAACAGGGACGGGAAAAGGAGAAGGAUGACGAGUCGUCAGAAUACGAAGAAAUCGAGUACGAAGUGGAAUACGAAGAAGUGGACGAGGAUGACGAGGAAGAACCGGCCACGCAACAACAGCGCAAGCUCAAGCAGGGCGAGGCAUUGAAGGCAGCCCUUGACGAUGAUGGUGACAUGGGCGCCAACAGCCGCAGCAAAUCUGGCAUGGCCAGCAAAGCCCCUGCUGCUGCUGCUGCUGCUGAUGAUGAUGAUGACGACAGCAAUGAAAGAGAUGAUGGUGCUGAUGGUGAUGAUGGCGCGCGCACCAGCAACUCGGCUGCGGUUGCACCGGCAAAGCGAAAGGCCACCACCCAAAGCCGUCGUGCCAGAGGUGAUGGCGAUGGCGGGGAUGCAGGGCAAGUUUCGACGCUGUCUGAGACCGAGCAAGCGGCAAAGCGGCCACACGUUGAAGCGCAAGCAGACGGCGCAAUGGACACGGCCGCAGAUGCAGCCACCAGCACGUCCACGAGUCAGACCGCAGUCACAUCUUCGCCCGAGGCCACCAAACGCACGCCACGCCAAGCGUCGAGCGUUGUCCAUGAUGAUGACGAUGAUGACGGCGAUGAUGGUGAUGAGGUGUACGAGCAGAACGGCAACACGAAAGACCUUGAGGCGCUGCUGAACAUGCUGCCACCGCCAGAAGACCUCUACGACGGGUAUGAGGAGACCAUCACCUUCUACGAGGAUGAGUGGGAUGAUGAUGAUGAUGGCAUGGAUGGCGCCGACACUGCCGGUGCUGGCGGUGCUCGUGUGCGCGCUCUCUCGGCGUCCACAAUCGACGCGAAUGCAGCAGCGACAGCGUCAGCAUCAGCAACGAGAUCAGCAACGCGGUCCCCGGCGCCAAGGACACCACCUUCCGCACAAUCACCACCACCACCACCACCAUCAUCAUGUGCGGUUGUGGCGGACAAGAAGGACAAAGUGAAGGCAGAGGCGGCGAGCGCUGCGAUGGUGAGGGAGUCAACAGCGACCAAGAAGGGGACGAGGUCGGGUGCGCGUAAGGAGAGCACGACAACUCCGGCGGCGGCUGAUAAGAAGGAGAAGAAGGCACUGGCAAAGACUUCAAAGUCGAAGACUUCGAAGUCAAAAGCAAAGCAGAAGAGGACGAAGAACAAGAAGAAGAGGAGGGAAGUGGACUGGUGGGGCUUUGAUAGCAGCGAAGAGAUCAGCAGCAGCAGCAGCAGCAGCAGCAGCAGCGACAACGAUGACGAGGACUUUGUGUUUGAUAGCGACGAUGAAAAGGAGGAAGAAGACGAAGACGAUGAUGUUGUGUUUGGCGGCCUGAUUGAGAGUGAUUACUCCGAGUUUGACGACAGCGACUCUGAGGACAUUGCAUUUGACCUUGCCAUGGAUGAUGAGGAAGACGGCGCCAAGAGAUCGAGAGGCCGAAAGCGCGGGGCGCGGCGGAAGCGCAAGGGGAAGUCGUCUGAAGGGGCGGCAGCAGUGUCAUCGACAUCCACAGACGGCGACACGGGUGCGCGACAGCCGUUUGACGACGUUUCUGGCCUGUCCCCAAUCCCUAGCGACGCAGAGCUGUCGCCAGAGAACAGCGAGGAAGAGGACGAAGGGGAAGGGGAAGGUGAAGGCGAGGGAGUGGAGGGGUUGCUCGGUGUGGAUCAGGGCGAGAAGGAACAGAAACGCAGUGGAAGGAGCAAGGACAAGGCGAAGAAGCGACGACAGCGGUCCCGGUUGAAGGUGAGCCGCGCGCAGCCAAAGUAUGUGCUGAAGAAGCAGAGGGAAGAAAAGCAGUGGUUGGACAGCCUGCAGAAGAACUACGACAAGAACGCCAAGCAGUGGCUGAAAAAGCAGGGUGGCGACGCAGAGCUUGCUGAUUACGACAAGCUGCCCUACAUCAACUUGCACGGCCCAAAGAGCGAGAAGCCUGUUGAGAUCCACCCAUCGCUGUGGUCAAUACUCAUGCCGCACCAGAAGGAAGGUAUUCGGUUCAUCUGGAACAACCUGGUGCACACCGUUGAGGAGGCAAAGGACCGAGAUGCCGGCAGGGGCUGCAUCCUCGCACACGGCAUGGGGCUCGGCAAAACGCUGCAGGCUGUGACGUUCCUGCACACGGUGUGGCGGAAGCCGUUCAACACGUUUCUGAUUGUCGUUCCCGUGAGUGUGCUCUUCUACUGGCGGGACACCAUCAAGCAGCACUGGCCCAGCGGCUCACCACCUCCCCCCAUCUGCACGUUCUCCUCAGCCAUUCCGAUUGCGGACCGGCCACGGACCAUCCGCAAGUGGCACAAGGAGGGCGGGGUGCUGAUCAUCAGCUAUGAUUUGCUGGUGAACUUAUUGUCGCGUCGCCACACAGGCCGCCACCUGCGGUACAAGCUGCGGCAGUACCUCAACCCGGAUGUGCUGAUCAUGGACGAGGGGCAUAUGGCCACGAACAUGCAGUCGAUUCGCUUUGGCAUCUUCAACGACAUGCCCACAAAACGCAAGCUCAUUCUCACAGGAACGCCGUUGCAGAACAACUUGCUCGAGUAUUACGCGCUGCUGUCGCUGAUUCGCGACGAUCUGCUCGGGUCUGUUGACCAGUUCAAGAAGCACUUUGCCAUUCCCAUCCACGAUGGGCAGUACGCGGAUGCUACACAGGGCCAGCGUCGCCUGUACAAGCGGCGCCUGGCUGUCCUGAACAAAGUCCUCUCUGGCGCCAUUCACCGGCGCAUUCGUCCGGACGGGGACACGACGGUGCCGAGCCGCCGCGAGUAUGUCAUCAUGAUCCGCAUGACGCGACUGCAGCGGCGCCUCUACCGCGAAGUGGUCGACCACUUUGGCAACAGCACCGUUGGGUCCAACCUGCUGCGCAUGUGGCGGCUGCUGAUUGGCGUGUGGAACGCACCGACUGUGGUGCCGGCGUUCAAGGACUACGUGCACGUGCAGGACAGGCUCACGGCGUUGAUGAACAAGCUGCCGGAACCACACUUGCCACUGAACGCCACCGCCAUCAUGAACAUGUCUGGCAAGCUUGCCGUGACCAUUUCGCUCAUCAAGGAGACUGUGCACCGGCAGCAACGCAUGCUCGUUUUCUGCUCGAGCAUCCCCGUGAUCAAGCUGCUGUCUGCACUGUUGCAGUCCAUACGCUUGCCCACUCGCAAUGACCCCAACAACUCCGCGCGGUGGCACCAGAACCGCGACUUUGUUGUGCUGCAAGGCAACGACAGCGCAGAGGAACGGACAGAGAAGAUUGCCAAGUUCAACUCUGCCCUCAGCAACGCGGCCAUCAUGAUCAUCUCCCACAGGGCUGGCCGUGCGGGCAUCAACCUUCAUUCCGCCAAUCGCGUCAUUCUCUUUGACGUCGACUGGAAUCCAGCUUCCGACAACCAAGCCAUUACGCGUGCUCACCGAUACGGGCAGAAACUGCCUGUUGUCGUAUAUCGGCUGGUCGCACGCGGCACACUGGAGCAGCGCAUCUACGAGAAGCAGGUGACGAAGGAGGUGCUGUCGCAGCGGCUGGUUGAUCGCAAGUUUGUUCGCCACGACGUGCACAGGGCGACGAGCUUGGCGAUGCUGUACGACACGGACGGAUGCAGCACGGACGAAGAGAGCGAUGACGCACGCACCGGUGGCGGCGGUGGCAAAACGACAACAAAGAAGGAGGAGGAAGAUGAGGAGGAAGGGAAGGGCAAGAAGGAGGGGAAAAAGGAAGAUGGUGAUGAUGAUGAUGAUGUGAAGAAGGAAAAGAUAGCGAAGAACGAUGAGGGAGACCAUGGGCACCAGGUCAUCUGCAUUGACAGCGACCCCGAGGGUGCCGGCUCUCAGUCGCACACACGCACCGCAAAGCGCAUCGAGGCUGUGCUGGCGACGGUGAAGGAGGCGCCGGCGGGGAAGCGGUUUAUCAAGUAUAUCCAGCGGCACGAGCACAACAUUCUCGCAGACAUCAACGAGCGCUUGGAGGCGCAGGAGGAAGAGGACGCACUCAGGGAAUACCAGAACGCAUUCAACCCAGAAGUGCAACAGCCGCAAGUGCCACCGCACGUUCAAAUGAUGCAGCAGCAGCAGCAGCAGCAGCAGCAGAUGUUGCAACAGCAGCCGGGGAGCAUGAUGCAGGGCAUGGCCGUGCACAACGUGAUGCCGCCACCACAACAGCACGGGGACGGCGUUCUGGGCGUGUCGAUGCCACCACCGCCAUCACUGCUGCCGAUGAGCAUGGGUGGGCCGCAGUACUACUCUGAUGGUCGCAAUCUGCUGCCGGCAUACCCUGCCACCACGUCCAUGUACUCGCAUGCCUCCACGCCGCACCCGUACAUGUUUCCAAUGUCCACGAUGGCGCCCGUCCAUCCGCUGUAUUCCGGACAAGCAGCAUCGCACGGUGGCGUUUACACACUGCGAACGUCCACGAUCCCUUCGUACCACGAGCAACAACAACAACAACAACAACAACAACAACAACAACAACAACAACAACAACAACAACAACAACAACAACAACAACAACAACAACAACAACAACAACAACAACAACAACAACAACAACAACAACAACAACAACAACAACAACAACAACAACAACAACAACAACAACAACAAGCAGAACAACAACAUAGCAGCAACAAUAACACCGAUACGGAAGCCCAACAAACACAGCAUCGUCGUGCUCGUGCUGUCGAUGGCGACGGCAAGGAAUGCUCGCUGUCAUGA